AUGGCCAAGGCAUAUCCAUGGUACACAAGAGCUACAGAUAUCGCACACAGAGUGACGGUUCUUUCAUUGGUUGGCUUUACAUUGUAUAUGACAGGGGCUAUUGUGUAUAAUAUUGCAUCAACAGGAAAGGAAAAUAAAAGAAGGAUAGCAAUUGAACAGAAGAGACGGGAAGCUAUUUCCAAGCAGCAGCAGCUGGAAGAGAAAUAUGGAGCAUAA